AUCUCCCAGAAACCAUGAGCCAUCUACUGAGCUGUGUGGGCAGGGAAAAGGAGCGCACCGCGGCCUUCCAAGCUCUUGGACUCUUCUCUGUAGCCGUAAGGUCAGAGAUUCCUGCUUACCUGCCCCAAAUCCUGGAACAUGUCAGAGCCGCUCUGCCUCCCAAGGAUUUCGCUCACAAGAGGCAGAGGUCCGUGCAGGUGGACGCCGCUGUCUUUACUUGCAUCAGUCUGCUGGCUCGAGCGCUGGGUCCCUCCAUCCAAGGGGAGAUAAAGGGGCUCCUGGAAGCCAUGUUGUCCGUUGGGCUGAGGCCGGCCCUAACGGCUGUGCUUUGUGACCUGAGUCGACACAUCCCACAGCUGAAGAAAGACAUUCAAGAUGGACUCCUGAAGAGGCUGUCUCUGGUUCUGAUGCACAAGCCGCUCCAGCACCCAGGGAUGCCUCCAGGCGUGGCACAACAGCUGCCCUCGCCUAGCCUCACUGAUGCCCCUGAUGCCAGCGAUGUGGGCAGCAUUACUUUAGCGCUCCGCACUUUAGGCACCUUUGACUUUGAAGGUCAUUCAUUGACGCAGUUUGUGCGCCACUGUGCCGAUCACUACCUUAAUAGCAAGCACAAGGAAAUUCGGAUGGAGGCUUCAGGCACCUGUUUCCGUCUUCUCACACACUCCGUCCAUGCGGGUCAGACUGGUGUCCAGGUGGUGGCCGACGUGCUCAGCAAACUACUAGUGGUUGGCAUUACAGAUCCAGAGGCGGAUAUCCGCUGCCGUGUCCUGGCGUCCUUGGAUGAACGCUUUGAUACUCACUUGGCCCAGGCUGAGAAUCUUGACGCUCUGUUCAUGGCCCUGAACGAUGAAGUGUUUGAGAUCCGAGAACUGACCAUCUGCACUAUCGGCCGUCUCAGCAGCAUCAACCCUGCCUUUGUCUUGCCUUUCCUUCGUAAGAUGCUCAUCCAGAUUUUGACUGAUUUGGAGCACAGUGGUGAUGGAAGAAACAAAGAGCAAAGUGCGCGGAUGUUAGGACACCUGGUAUCCAAUGCCCCACGCCUGAUCCAACGCUACAUGGAGCCCAUUCUUAAGGCUCUGAUCUCAAAGCUGCCAGAUCCCAAUCCGGCAGUUGUGACCAAUGCCCUGACGACAAUUGGCGCGCUCGCUCAGGCCGGUGGACUAGAGAUGAAGAAGUGGGUGGAUGAACUCUUCCCCAUCAUUCUGGAGAUGUUGCAGGACUCCUCCUCGCUGGCUAAGAGACAGGUUGCCUUAUGGACCCUGGGACAGUUGGUGGCCAAUACGGGAUAUGUGGUGACGCCGUACAUGAAAUAUCCCUCUCUGCUGGAGGUGCUGCUUAAUCUGCUGAAAACUGAGAAAAACCAAAGAAUCCGCCGAGAGGCGAUCCGUGUGCUGGGGCUGUUGGGGGCUUUGGACCCUUACAAACAUAAAGUAAAUAUUGGAGAGAUCGACCCGUCCUUAGAUGCCUCAGCGCUGAGCUUGUCCGAAUCCCCAGCCGAUCAGGACUCUGCUGACGGUAGCACCAGUGAGAUGCUGGUGAACAUGGCGAACCUGCCCCUGGACGAGUUCUAUGCGGCAGUGUCUGUGGGCGCUCUGAUGCGCAUCCUGAAGGACCCGUCUCUGUCCCACCACCAUACCAUGGUGGUGCAAGCCAUCACCUUCAUCUUCGAGUCUCUAGGACUGAACUGCGUGCAGUUCUUGCCCCAGGUGAUGCCCACCCUCCUGAGCCUUACCCGCCUGUGUGGCAGAGAGUUUAUGUUCCACCAGCUGAGGAUGUUGGUUUCCUUUGUGCGGAGCCACAUGCGCCCCUACUUGGAUGACAUCUUUGCCCUGAUAAGAGAUCACUGGACCAUGGAUGACCCCAUUCAGAGCACCAUUAUUCUGCUCAUCGAGCAGAUUGUAGUGGCACUAGAAGGAGACUUCAAGCUUUACCUGCCUUCACUCAUCCCUCAUAUGCUGCGGGUUUUCAAGCACGACCGCAGCGCUGGACGCUCGGUGACCAUUAAGCUUCUUAAUGCGAUACAGAUUUUUGGGGCAAAUCUAGAGGAUUACCUUCUUCUCCUGUUACCACCUAUUGUAAAGCUGUUUGAUGCCCCAGAUCGUCCUUCACAGGCUCGGCAGGUGGCCCUAGAAACAGUGGCUAGAUUGACAGAAUCGCUGGAUUUGACCGAUUAUGCCUCCCGGAUCAUUCACCCCAUGAUCCGUACUCUAGAUGGCAGCCCUGAGCUGAGGCAGACGGCCAUGAACACCCUCUCCUCGUUAGUCCUUCAGCUGCGGAAGAAGUACCAGAUAUUUAUCCCAAUGGUGAACAGGGUGCUGCUAAAGCACAGGAUUCUACACCAGAGAUACCAGGUUCUGAUCUGCAGGAUUUUAAAGGGUUACACUCUUGCAGAUGAAGAUGAGGAUCCACUGAUUUAUCAGCAUCGGACAGUGAAAGGAAACCUGGGAGAGACCUUUUCCAGUGUCCCAUUGGACAGUGGACCUGUUAAGAAGCUGCAUGUCAGCGCCGCCAAUCUACAGAAGGCCUGGGGAGCAGCCGGUAGAGUGUCCAAGGAGGACUGGUUGGAGUGGCUGAGGCGCCUCGGCGUGGAGCUGCUGAAAAACUCCUCUUCUCCAGCGCUCCGCUCCUGCUGGUCGUUGGCCCAAGCCUAUAACCCUCUGGCCAGAGAUCUGUUUAAUGCAGCUUUCCUUUCCUGCUGGUCGGAGCUGAAUGAAGACCAACAGGGGGAGCUGAGCCACAGCAUUGAAUUGGCGCUAACGUCGCAGGACAUUGCCGAGGUUACACAGACGCUCCUGAAUCUGGCCGAGUUUAUGGAGCACAGUGACCAGGGCCCCUUGCCAUUACGAGACGACAAUGGAGUGGUCCUCCUUGGAGAAAGGGCAUCCAAAUGCCGAGCGUAUGCCAAAGCGCUACAUUACAAAGAGUUAGAAUUCCAGAAAGGACACUCCCCCGCAAUACUGGAGUCCCUCAUCAGCAUUAACCAGCAGCUCCAGCAGCCGGAGGCCGCCUCGGGGGUCUUAGAGUUUGCCAUGGAGCAUUAUGGAGAAUUGGAGAUUCAGGCCUCCUGGUACGAGAAGCUCCAUCAAUGGGAGGACGCGCUGGUUGCCUAUGACAAAAAGAUUAAGGUGAAGGACGAUUCGGAGUUGGUUUUGGGACGGAUGCGCUGUCUGGAAGCUCUUGGGGAAUGGGGACAACUUCACCAGCAGUGCUGUGAGAACUGGGACAACGUCAGCGAGGAGGUCCGCACCAAGAUGGCCAGAAUGGCCGCUUCAGCCACGUGGGCAUUAGAAGAGUGGGAUAGUAUGGAGAAAUACACCUGCCUGAUCCCCAGAGAUACCUACGAUGGGGCCUUUUAUAGGGCUGUGCUAGCUCUCCACCAGGAUCUCUACUCGCUUGCCCAGCACUGCAUUGAUAAAGCCAGAGACAUGCUUGAUGUAGAGCUGACCGCAAUGGCUGGAGAGGGCUAUAGCUGUGCCUAUGGGGCCAUGGUCACCUGUCAGAUGCUGUCUCAGCUAGAAGAGGUCAUCCAGUAUAAACUUGUACCUGAGCGUCAGGAGGCUAUUCGUCAGACCUGGUGGGAUCGGCUGCAGGGCUCUCAGCGCAUCGUGGAGGACUGGCAGAAGAUUUUGAUGGUUCAGUCUCUUGUGGUCAGUCCUCAUGAAGACAUGAGGACUUGGCUGAAGUAUGCCAGUCUGUGCAGCAAGAGCGGCCGCCUGGCCCUUUCUCACAAGACGUUAGUGAUGUUACUUGGAGUGGACCCAGCACUGGAGAGAGACCAGCCCUUACCUACAGAUCACCCACAAGUCACCUACGCCUACAUGAAGUACAUGUGGAGGAGAACACGAGAGAUGGAAGCCUUCCAGGAUAUGCAGAAGUUCAUGAGCAGCCUGCAGCUUCAGGCCCAGCAUGUGGCUGAUGAGCCGCUGCAGAGACUUAUGGCCAGGUGUUUCUUGAAGCUCGGGGAUUGGAAGCUGAGCUUGGAAGGCAUUAAUGAGCGCACAAUACCCGAUGUGCUUGAGUAUUUCAGUGCCGCCACUGAACACGACCAAAACUGGUACAAGGCCUGGCAUGCCUGGGCUGUCCUAAAUUUUGAGGCUGUGCUACAUUUCAAGCACCAACACCAACCACAGGAGGAAAAGAAGGUCCGUCGCCCGAGCAAUGCUAGUUCCAGCACCGAAGGAGGGAGCGGGGAGAACAGCCCUGUGCAAAAGAAGCCAUCGGAGGACAUCUCUCAGACGCUCUUACAAUACUCCGUGCCGGCCGUGCAAGGCUUUUUCCGCUCCAUCUCUCUGUCUCGGGGAAACAACCUGCAGGAUACCUUGAGGGUCCUCACGCUCUGGUUUGAUUAUGGUCACUGGCCUGAUGUGAAUGAAGCUCUCGUCGAGGGAACGAAAACCAUUCAGAUAGACACAUGGCUGCAGGUUAUUCCACAGCUCGUUGCAAGAAUAGAUACCCCCAGACCUUUGGUAGGACGUCUCAUCCACCAGCUGCUCACUGAUAUUGGACGAUAUCAUCCACAGGCUCUGAUUUACCCCCUGACCGUCGCCUCUAAAUCUACUACCACAGCACGUCACGACGCCGCCAGCAAGAUCCUGAAGAACAUGUGUGAACACAGUAACACCCUAGUACAGCAAGCCGCGAUGGUGAGCGAGGAGCUGGUGAGAGUUGCCAUUGUCUGGCAUGAGAUGUGGCACGAGGGUCUGGAGGAGGCGUCACGUCUGUACUUUACAGAUAAGAAUGUGGAAGCCAUGUUUGCUGUGCUGGACACCCUUCAUGCUAUCAUGGAGAGAGGACCUCAGACGUUGAAGGAGACCUCUUUUAAUCAGACUUUUGGUAGUUCUUUAAUGAAGGCCCAGGAUCAGUGUCAAAAGUACAAGAAAUCUGGAAAUGAGAGGGAGCUGAUACAGGCCUGGGAGCAGUAUUACGAGGUCUUCAGACGCAUCUCCCAGCAGCUGCCCAAGCUCACCUCCUUGGAGCUCCAGUGUGUGUCCCCUAAACUGUGGACGUGUCGAGACUUGGAAUUGGCCGUGCCGGGAACAUAUCAUCCCAAUCAACCAAUAAUACGCAUCCAGUCCUUCGCGCCCUUACUUCAGGUCAUCACCUCCAAGCAUCGGCCGCGAAAACUAACACUAACGGGGAGCAAUGGGCGUGAGUUUCUGUUUCUGCUGAAAGGACACGAAGAUCUCCGUCUGGAUGAGAGGGUGAUGCAGCUCUUUGGACUGGUCAACACUCUUCUAGCCAAUGACCCAGCGUCUCUGCGGAAAAACCUCAGCAUCCAGAGAUAUGCAGUUAUCCCUCUGUCCACUAACUCGGGGCUGAUCGGCUGGGUUCCUCACUGUGACACACUACACACCCUAAUACGAGACUAUCGCGAGAAGAAGAAGAUCCUCCUGAAUAUCGAACAUCGCAUCAUGCUGAGGAUGGCUCCAGAUUACGAUCAUCUCACCCUCUGGCAGAAGGUGGAAGUGUUUGAGCACGCCAUGAAUAACACCGCUGGGGACGACCUGGCCAAGUUGCUGUGGAUGAAAAGUCCAAGCUCAGAGGUCUGGUUUGACAGAAGAACCAAUUACACACGCUCUCUGGCAGUGAUGUCCAUGGUCGGGUACAUCCUAGGGCUGGGUGACAGACACCCCUCAAACUUCAUGCUGGAUCGACUCAGUGGGAAAAUUAUCCAUAUUGACUUUGGAGACUGUUUUGAGGUGGCCACAACCAGGGAAACGUUUCCAGAGAAGAUCCCAUUCCGGCUAACGAGAAUGUUGACCAACGCUAUGGAGGUAACCGGCCUUGAUGGGAAUUACCGCAUUACGUGUCACACAGUAAUGGAGGUAUUACGAGAACACAAGGACAGUGUCAUGGCCGUGCUGGAAGCUUUUGUAUAUGACCCUCUUCUCAAUUGGAAACUUAUGGACAAAAUGCUGGAGACUGAUGAGCUUGAUGAAACUGCUCAUAACAAGGCCGGAGGUUCACUUCCCGAGUCCAUACACACAUACAUUGGUGAUGGUUUAGUGCAGCCUGAAGCACUGAAUAAGAAAGCCAUUCAGAUUAUGAACAGGGUUCGAGAUAAGCUAACAGGACGAGACUUUUCUGAUGAAGAGACUCUGGAUGUGGUUACACAGGUAGAACUGUUAAUUAAACAAGCUACCGCCCAUGAAAACCUUUGUCAGUGUUAUAUUGGAUGGUGUCCAUUCUGGUAGGAAGAUCGGUGAAGCUGGACUCACAGCAGACAUCAUGGGUCACCGGCCAAUAAA